AUGAAGCUGCUUUCUUAUAUUCUGGUGGCAGCCUUGGCUGUCUUCUCCGCCAGCCAGGUCACUUACCAGGACUCCUCUGCCACGCGACUGCGCGUCGACAACGGCACCUACGGCCCCCCGAUCGAGGAGGUGCACUACUUCUACGACCAGUGGCCCGUUGGCUUCGCCGUGUCGAGCAAGGGCCGCAUCUUCGUGUCCUACUACCCCGGCAACUACACCUACACCCUAGGCGAGGUGGUCAACAAGACCGCCGAACGCCCCUAUCCCAGCCCCGAAUGGAACAUCCCCCCGGACGACAUCACCCAGAUUAUCGAUGACACGCUGUUCGGCUCGACCAAUUCAACGGGGUUCAUCAGCGUGCAGGCCUUGUACAUCACGCCUGCCACCGACACCCGCCCAGAGACGUUGUGGGUGCUGGACGUUGGCCGGCCCAACGUUCAAUCCCAGACGGCCUAUGACUUGCCUGGAGGGACGAAGCUCGCCGCGAUCAACCUCGACGAUGACACGGUCAUGCGGGUAUACACCUUCCCGUCAACGGUCAACUACCCCGACUCGUCCGUCAACGACAUUCGGUUUGAUUUGCGUGAGAAUAUCACGGAAAGCGGUGAAGGAGUAGUCUAUAUCAGCGACGAGUCGCCAGAAGGUCGCAACGGGAUCAUCGUCUUAGAUCUCGGCACGGGCGAGUCCUGGCGCCAUCUGGACCGCCAUCCUUCGACGCUAGGCGUGUACGGGGUGGUGCCCAGCUAUCAGGGCGUGCCGUUCUACCAGCAGUCGAUCGACACGCCGUAUUUCCAGCACCUCACGCAGGGGUGUGAUGGCAUCCAGCUGGAUCCGACAGGGUCGGUGCUGUACUUCUCGCCCAUGACGUCGGACUAUCUCUACUCGAUCGAGACCAAGUAUCUGCUGGACCACACGAGCCCGACGGCAAUGCAGGCGGCCAACGACAACGUGAAGAACCUGGGCCAGCGGGGCGGCAACGCGAACGGAUUCGAGGGCGACUCGAACGGGCUGAUCUACCAGGGGAUUCUGGAGCAGAACGCGAUCUACGCGUAUGACCCGGUGCGGCGGCGGAAUGUGCCGUUCCUGCGCGAUCCUCGCAUCAUCUGGCCGAACGGGAUGUCGAUUGCGGAGGACGGCUAUCUGUAUGUGAUUAUCAAUCAGCUGCCGUACCAGCCCAUCUGGAACAACGGGACGGAUCUGCGGCAGUAUCCGGGGGCGAUUCUGCGGGCGAAGCUGCCGAACGGGGGGACCAAGAUCACGACGUUGUACUGA